AUGUUGGACCAAUCACAACAACAAGUUCAUCCACCACCUCCCCUGGAAUUAAAUAUUAAUGAUGGAGCUGGAUUCAUCCUCCAGGAUGAUGAGUUUGAUGAUGAUGACCUAGAUGAUGACUUUGAUAAUGACACAACUCAAUUCAGUAUCGAUGGUUCAUUAUCGUCAACUUCUUCUUCAUCCUCAAAGAGACAACACCCAAGAAGGAGUAGAACAAGAUCAAAUAGAAAGAGAGGUGGACAUAAUAGGAGAUGGAGAUAUAUUGCCGCCAGUGAACUGUCCAGACGCAAGACAACAUUGAUAGCCAUUACACUAUUCCUAACGGCAUCAGUACUAUUGUUGGCUUGUGGCAUCAUGAAGUACUUUGGAUAUAUUGGCGAGGUGGAUGAUCCUUCCAAGACCAAGUCUGGCACUGCCCUCAUUGUCAUUGGCGCCCUACUCCUAUUCUCGGCCCUGUACCAGAUUACCGUGCUCGUAAUCGCCGUCAACAAAGGGCAGCCACAUCCAUCCGAUGGUGCAUUCGAUGAAUCAUUCGAUUGA